AUGGAUCUUACAAAUGAGAAUGAUGUCGCGUUCAGCUACGGAAGCACACCACCCAACACAAGUCCCGAAUCUCGGUAUGACAAAACAACCAAGGAUAAUGGUGCAGGCUCUCUAGGAACAUGGUGGAGGAACCAACUCUCUACUGUAGUGGAAGCUCUGAUGGGUCGUCACGGCUCGCAAGGAGGUGAUGGCUUGAAUGCUUCUAUAUCGCCAGAAUGGUAUGGAGCGACUGACGACUUGACCAGCUUCAACGCUCGCCAACGUCUCGACGUGGAAGAUGGCUCUGCCCCUGCAAAUCACCACACGCAUGCUAGCAUGCUGGUAAAUCAGCUCAAUCCCAGGCAAUUGGCAAGAAGAAAAGGAGGUAAACAAGCCCAGUCUGGUACUUCGACUGCUGUUUCAACACCGGAUGGCGAACGAAUGGGCACCCCAGUGGACGGCAGCAUUCUAUCACAAUUACUUCGCUCUUAUGCGGACUAUCCAGCGUCAGAGAGCAGAUAUUCUCUCACUGAUGGCACUCAAACGCCAGACCAUGACGUGACAGAGUCAGAAACAGAAGCCGCCGGGGUACCCAAGAAAAGUAAAAAUAAUAGACCCAAUAUCAAAUGGUACAACAGUCAGCAGCACCUCGCCGAACGCGCGUCAACACCAACACCAUGGGACCGAAAAAAACAGCCAAAGCAUAACAGACAGGCAAAAUUGACAAAACACAUCGCCAAUCUACUUGCCAGACAGCAGUACAUCAUGCAGCUAUGUCGUACGUUAAUGAUGUAUGGGGCGCCGACACAUCGUCUAGAGGAGUACAUGACAAUGACCGCCAGUGUCUUAGAUAUUAAGGCGCAGUUUUUGUACAUCCCCGGCUGCAUGUUCAUGUCGUUUGAUGAUGUUCUCACGAGAACUGCCGAUGUCAAGAUCAUCCGAGUUGUUCAAGGAUUGGAUUUAUCUCGGCUAGCCGCCACACACAAUGUGUACAAGAACGUUGUUCACGACCUGAUUCCCCUUGAGCAAGCCACGGAAGAGUUAGACGAAAUCAUGAAAUCUGCCCCCCGGUACAACAGAUGGCUUGUGAUACUCUUCAUGGGACUUGCAAGCGUUGCAGUCGGCCCUUAUGCAUUUUCUGCUCGUCCCAUUGAUCUGCCGAUUAUUUUUGUGCUUGGAAUACUUGUCGGGUUCAUGCAGCAAGUCAUCGCUCCGGCGUCAUCAACCUAUGCCAAUGUUUUGGAGGUGUCAGCAGCUAUUUUGACGUCAUUUUUAGCACGGGCGUUUGGAAGCAUUAAGCACAAUGGAGAGUAUCUCUUUUGUUUUUCAGCUAUCGCACAAUCAGCAAUCGCCAUGAUCCUUCCCGGUUUUGCAGUCUUGAGUAGUAGCCUCGAGUUGCAGUCCCAUCAGAUGAAUGCCGGAUCGAUAAGAUUGGUAUAUACGAUCAUCUACUCUCUGUUUUUGGGUUACGGAGUGACUGUCGGAACGACCAUCUAUGGACUCAUGGACCCGAAUGCGACAACGCAAACCGAAUGCCCAGCAAACAGCCUUGAAGCUGCUUAUGGAAGUAAAUAUGUUCAGCACUUUCCGUUCGUCGCUCUAUUCUGCUUAUUCGCUGCGCUUACGAACCAGUCAAAGUUGAAACAACUGCCCGUCACUGUAGGAUUAGGGGUAUGCGGAUACGUGACCAACUAUUUCAGCACCACGAAGCUGGGCCCCAACCAAGUCGCAAACACGGUGGGUGCAUUCACAAUUGGGUUAAUGGCGAAUCUUUACAGCCGUAUUUGGCAUGGACACGCUGCCGCAAUCAUUAUUCCUGGCAUCUUCACACUAGUACCCUCUGGCCUGGCGUCCUCUGGGUCCAUCAUUUCCGGCCUUGACUUCUCGGAGCAAAUCAAGCAUAAUUCCACCACUUCCAGUGCAAGUAAACAAUUGACAAACUCAAACUCAUUGACCGCAUUGGGAUAUGGAAUGAUUCAAACUGCAAUUGGGAUCUCUGUCGGUUUAUUUAUGUCCGCUCUCAUUGUGUAUCCUCACGGAAAGAAGCGAAGUGGAAUAUUUAGUCUGUAG